CAAAUAGAAAUUAUAUAGAAUUAUUUAAUAAUUUGUAUUCCACUGGAAUAAAAAUUUAAUUUCUGUCUUUAUCAAAUCUCUAUUUCAGAGUAUUUGUACGUAUGUACUUAUCGUCUGCUGUAUGAUCGAAUAUCGAAUAGGCGCUUGGCCAUGGAUCGCUGCAUUAGGUUUUCGUAAUCCCCGAAACCCAGACAAACCACUAUGGAAGUGCGGAGGUUCCCUGAUAUCGGCUAGGCAUGUUUUGACCGCAGCACAUUGUGCACAUAUGGAUGGAAUAGAAAACAUACACAAUCAUAAUAUUGUCAUUCUUAGAUUGGUGGAGGAGGUGCCAUUUUCGAGGUACGUAUAUCCCAUUUGUACGAAAGAGCCCCUACGAAAGAGCAACUUCGUCGGCUAUAACCCCCUUGUUGCUGGAUGGGGAGCAUUAAGAUAUAGACGACCACGACGUAAUGCAUUAAUGGAAGUACAAAUGCCAGUGAUUAAGAACGCCGAAUGCAAAAUAGCUUAUUCCAAAUUUCCUAAUGCACCUGAUAUCACUGAUGGUAUAAUAUGCGCCGAACAUGCUCAGGGUGGAGAGGAUUCUUGUACGGCUGACCGCGGCGGACCACUGCUGAUACAACAUGAAUUAACCUCGUAUUUAAUAGGUAUUGUGUCUUAUGCUUAUAAGUGCGGCACAGCUGGGUAUCCCAGCGUUUACACUAGGGUCACAUCGUACCUUGACUUCAUUCUCCAAGCGAUGCAAUAAUAUGAUAUUACUGUUCCAUAAAUAUCAUUGUGUAAAAAACGUAAAGUUGGAUUUUCUUAUUGUGGAGAUAAGAAACAGCUCAAAUUUACAUUGUUUUGUACGUUACAAAUUAUAGGCUUAAAAUGUACGAAAUGUAACUUUGAAACGACACUAAUUUUUUACGCACGAUAAACCUCCACGACUUAGGUAUGUAAAGAUGAUAAACGUAUAUUAAU